UUAUUCUUCUCUGUGCACAUUUGAAUCCUAGGAGAAACAGAGAACAAAGAAAGGAAUGUGCUAAAGAUUAAAGAGAGAGGCAGCAUAAUUCAGGCUACUUUUGCUUUAUCUUUCAACAGAGGAUGGCAUUCUAAAUGCAACAGGAACAGCAUCGAAUUGCUUGCGGAUUCCACCAAGAAUCGAGUGAACUAUGCAACAGUUUGGAAUAACGUUGUCCAUACGACAUUGCACCAAGAAUAUUCCUAGGACUCAGCCUAUAGAACCUAGCAAAAUCAUGCCUCUCUAGUAACCUUCUUCUGAUAACUAGUUUAGUUCCUGCAUAUUGGCUAGGUUAAACCUCCUCGAAAACUAAUAACACCGCUCACAACCAUGACUGAGGUCGUCUCUAGCAUCCUUGGACCUCUUGUGGAGAAACUAACUUCAUCGGCUGUCGAAGAAAUUCAACUGGCAUGGAGCGUCAAGGAUGACCAAGAAAACCUCAAGAUCAUGCUAGAGAUGAUCGAGAAGGUGCUCGCCGAUGCUGAGCAGAAGCAAACAAAAGAGGAAUCUGUGAGGCUUUGGCUGUCGAAGCUUAAGAACUUCUGCUAUGAUGCCGAGGACGUGCUAGACGAAUUCGAAGUCAAGGCCUUGCAGAGGCGGGCGAGGUCGACUGAGCAUUUGACCUUCAAAAGGAAGGUACACUACUUGUUCUCGUGGCUAUCCAACUUCAUUUUCCAGUUUAAGAUGGCACAUAAAAUGAAAAAACUGAGGGAGAGGCUUGAUGGGAUCAUUGAAGAGAAAACUCGGCUCCACUUGUCAACUAAUGUUUAUGAAAAGACUAUAAUUCAGCGGAAGGAAACUCAUUCUUUUUUAUCCAUAACAAAUGUGAUUGGAAGAAACGAAGACAAGAAAAGAAUAAUAGAGCUGUUGAUGAGAUCAGAUGGUAGAGCUGGAAAGAUAGCUGUCAUUCCGAUUGUUGGAAUAGGGGGUAUUGGAAAGACGACUGUUGCUAAAUUGGUAUACAAUGAUGAUAGGGUAAACAAGCAUUUUGUUCACAAAGUUUGGUUAUCCAUGCCAGUAAAAUUUGAAGUUAAUCAGAUAAUAAGAGCCGUCAUCCAGUCUCUUAGUCAAGAAACAUAUCGUGAUAGUUGGAGCCUUGAAAUGCUGCAAAAUCACCUAAGAAACCUCGUGAAGAACAAAAGGUGUUUGUUCGUAAUGGACGAUGUGUGGGAAAUGACACGGGAGGAUUGGGUGGGACUGAGAGAUCUGUUAGAAGGCGUUUCUGAAGGGAGUAAAGUCAUUGCGACUUCACGGAAUAAAUGGAUCGCCUCAAUCAUGGGCCCUGUCUCCCCGUAUAAUCUGGCCAACCUUUCACAGGAGGAUUCUUUGACUUUGUUCAUGAAGUGCGCGUUCGAUCAAGGGCAAGAGAAGAGUCACCCGGACCUUAUGGUAAUCGCCAAGGAAAUAGUGAGCAAAUGCGGGGGUAAUCCUAUGGCAGUGAAAACUCUGGGAAGCUUAUUGUAUUCAAAAGAUAAUCGGAGAAAUUGGGAAUCUGUAAGAGAUAGUGAGAUAUGGCAAUUACCAACUGAUAUUUUACCUUCAUUGAGAAUAAGCUACGAUCUAAUGCCGUCUUACUUGAAACAAUGUUUCGCUUAUUGCUCGAUAUUCCCGAAGAACUACGAGUUUAACAACCUUGAAUUGAUCCAACUGUGGAUCUCGAACGGGCUUAUCCAAUCCAGUGGAAAUAAUAAGGAGCUGGAAGAGAUUGGACAGCAGUACUGGGAGGAGCUGUGGUCAAGAUCCUUCUUCGAUGAUGUCGUGGAAGACUAUCUGUUCCUGACCUUCAAAAUGCACGACCUCAUACACGAACUUGCCAUUUCGGUGGCACAAACAGAAUCAUCCAACGUGAACGUGCGGUCGCAGAAUGUUUCCUUGACGGCUCGGCAUAUAUCAUUUUCCGAUCCAUCUCUUCUACAAGAAGAUGAACUACCGGGCUACUUGAGCAAACUCAGCGGCGUUCGCACCAUCAUGUUUCCCAUAAAAAAGGAGGGUUCUGCUGGGGAGUCCUUUCUGGAGAUGUGCAUUUCAAGAUUCAAGCACUUGAGAGUGCUAUAUCUACAUGACUCUAGCUUUGACCAACUGCCUAGUUCCAUCGGCGCUCUAAAGCAUUUGAGGUUUCUUCAUUUAUGUGGCAACCAUAAUAUCAAGAAACUCCCCAAUUCGGUCUACGAGCUCCACAAUCUGCAGAGCUUAGGACUUGCCAGGUGCGAGGAACUGGAGGAAUUGCCUGCAGACAUCAAGAAUAUGAUCAGCCUCCGCUUUUUGGAUAUAACCACGAAACAGCAGCGAUUCCCGGAGAGCGGAAUAGGAUGCUUGACCUCUCUGCGAUGUCUAUUCAUCGGAGACUGCAAGAAUUUGGAGGCCUUGUUCAAUGAUAUGCAAUCGCUGAAGUCGCUCCGAAAGUUGUCUAUUGGAGGUUGUCCAAAGUUGGCAUCCUUACCACAAGGCAUCAUGAAUCUGAAGGCAUUGGAGAAUCUCUGGAUUUACAACUGCGAGAAAUUGAAGCUGCCAGAAGGCGAAAGUGAUGAACAACGCUCCAUGUCGAGGCUUCAAUCCUUGAUGUUUGUGGGAUUACCAAAGCUAGCUUCUUUCCCCCGGUGGCUCAAAGGUUCUGCAAGUUCACUGCAGAGUAUAAUUAUUGCGGAUUGUCCCAACUUGAGUGCACUGCCGGAGUGGCUGCAAAAUUGUUCUUCUCUGAGAAAACUGAAGAUUGAAGACUGUCCUAGAUUGUCGUCUUUAACCCGCAUUGCCACAUUGAGAGAGCUGCGGAUAGAUCAUUGCGAGGAAUUGAGCAGUAGAAUUGCAGAUAGAAGCAGUGAAGAUUGGAGCAAGAUUGCUCACGUCCCGGAAAUUUAUGUAGACAGAAGGAAGAUGAAAUGAAUUGAUUUAACGUGUCGGCUGUCGCACCAUGCCAAUGGAAACAUGUGUUGCAUGGCCAGGCGGAACUUCCUUUUAGUUCCUGAAGAAAAAGUUUGGAUCUUUGCUCAUGGAAGAUACUAUCCCAAUAGUGCUAAAGUCCCAUGUUCAAGAUCAAGAAAAUUAUGUGUUUGGUUGAUCAGUGUCAAUGUUUGUGAAACUCCUGUAACUCCACGACUCUUCUUUCUUCUCAUUGUUUCUCUUAUUUUCUGUUUUGUGUGGUGUGCACUGAAGAUAUUGUAGAUGUAUCUGUCCGCCUGUGCCAGCUUUGUCGUCUUCUGAAGUUCUUCUUGGUGAGAUAGAGUUGGAUGAUGCCGACAAUUCAAAUGAUUGCUUAUGUGGUGACUUUUGGUCUGUUUCUUUGAUAAACAAUAUCCUUGUGUCGAAUUCUUCGAGAAAGUGUGGAAUGCUAUCUGCAAAGCAAAAGUGGUUGCUUUGCUUUUGGAA